AUGGCUGCACUUGCUGGUGGUGGCGAGAGUCACUUUGUACCCGCUCAACUCCGCUCACGUCUCGCCAACUUGCAAGAUCAAGGGUCAAGCCGACAGAUCCGCGCCGCACCGGUAGCCCAUCAUUCACCAUCAGGGGGUAAUACUCCUGCCUACACUGGCAGUUACUUUGCUGCCCAUUUCGCUCAGUCAAAUUCUGGCCAUGCUUCUCCGCCGCAUCAAUCGCCUGCGCAUAGUGUACCAGAAUCUCGCCGAGCCUCUGGAGAUGGCGAGGAUCCGCACGACGAUCUGCCUCACAUGGACGACUUCGACAUGGGCACUCUAUCAAGAGUCCCGAGUUACGGAGCUGCUGUUCGUACGCCUGGACCGUUCACGCCUUUCGCCGACGGACCACCGAGUUACAUGGAAGCAACCAGCAGACCACCAAGUCCUACCCUGCAGCUUCCCCAAAGGCCUGGCGCUGUCCAUAUGAGGAGCGGCAUCAGCACUCCUGGAUCUCACUCGAGCAACGCGACACUCACUGGCGCUGUGACUCCCGGUAGUUAUGCUCCCAGUGGCCUUACUCCUCUAACUCAACUUCACGCCCACGAGGACGCCCGGUUGCGUAUGCUGAGAGCAAGAGCGGAUUGA